UUAUAGUAUUUUUUUUAUUGAAGAUAAGUCAUGGUAAACGGUAUUUCAAAAAAGUAUUUUUUAAAGCCAAUGACACUUCACGAAUAAAUAAAUAAAAAAUAACAAAAGAUCUUAUUUAAACAGUUUAGGGAGCUCUCAGAAUCGUGUGGCAUUUUCUUUUCUUUAAAAAAAAAUGCUCUCUGUGAAAUCGCAAAGAAGGAAUUAAUAAUAAUAAAGCAUAUCAAUAGUUUAAAAAAACAAUAAACAGGCCUGUUUGAUGAUGCAGAGGUCACAAAUGUUUAAUUUAUUUUUAAGUCCCUAAUGUACGAAUCUACCUGGAUUCACUUAAUAAGAUUAUAAAUUAAUGCUUUAUUUUGUCAAAUUUAUACAAAAUCCUACUAAACUGGUUCUGAUAUGUAGACUGUGUUUACAAGCGGUACCCACAGGAGUCUGAGCCACGCCCACUUUACUUUACCCUCCUAUCAAAUCACCUACCAGUUUCCAUCGCGUCUCAUGAAUAAACAUCAGUUUUUAAUACUACUUCGAGUGGCAAGUACAUGGUGUGGAGGUUUGUUCGGGGGAUUUUGUCAGAAAACCCGUGAACCCCAACAAAUCUCCUAAAAAGAACCGUUUUGCCUCAUUUAAGUCAUCGGGGGACAGCAUGGGGACUGUACGCGCAUCUCUGCUGGGGAUUUUACUGCAGUUAGUCCUGAUCUGCUCUGCACAGAUGGGACCGCCAGGUCCAAGAGGGCCACCAGGACCUCCAGGGCGUCCUGGAUUUUCUGGCAUUGAUGGCAUUGAUGGUGAGAGGGGUCCUGGUCCUGGCCCAGUUGGCCCACCGGGCCCUGUUGGGGAGAAAGGCAGGGACGGAUUAAAUGGGCUUCCAGGAAAACCAGGAGCAGACGGUUUGACUGGGCCACGUGGUGAACCUGGUCCUCUUGGUCCCCCUGGACAGAAAGGUGAACCUGGUGAACCUGGAGCAAGGGGACCCCCUGGUGUUGGAGAGGAUGGUGAAGCUGGUGCUGAUGGGGAGGAUGGAUUACCGGGAGAACUUGGAAAAGUUGGGCCUCCUGGAAGUCAGGGGCCGAGAGGUCCAAUCGGCACAAGGGGACUGCCUGGGCCCAGAGGUCCUCCUGGAGUCUGGGAUGGUAGGGAAUUGUGUCCAAAUGCCUGUACUACUGGUUUGACUGGCCAUCCAGGCCUUGCAGGCAUGAAGGGCCACAAAGGUGUCAAAGGUGAAUCAGGUGAACCAGGAAGACAAGGACAUAAGGGAGAGGAAGGAGAUCAAGGAGGACCUGGAGAGCCAGGCGCGUCUGGACCACCUGGUAAACAGGGUCUUAUAGGAAUCACAGGGAUGAUGGGCCCUAAAGGUGAUAAGGGGGUUCGUGGGAAUGUUGGCGACGUGGGUCCUCAGGGUAUACAGGGCGCCCCUGGUGAUCGCGGACAAAGAGGAAAAGUAGGUGAGAAUGGACCAAAAGGUGCUGAGGGACCUCUGGGAAUGCAGGGACUGAGUGGUUUACCGGGACCAAAAGGAGAAACUGGUUUGCCUGGUGUGGAUGGUCGUGAUGGUAUUCCAGGACUGCCUGCAGUAAAGGGUCUUCCUGGGAAAGUUGGCUCACCUGGUGAGGCUGGACUUCAGGGACUUCCAGGUUUACCAGGUAUUCCAGGAGCAAAAGGCCAUAUGGGUGAAAAAGGAAAUACUGGUGGUCCAGGUGUGGCAGGUCUAAUUGGAAACAAUGGAAAAACUGGUGAGCGUGGUGAGCAGGGAGAGGUGGGACCAGUCGGACCAAGAGGUGGGCCAGGUGAGCGAGGACAUAAGGGUCCUGAUGGGCCUGCUGGCAUGCCAGGAGCAAGGGGAAAUAAAGGAGAUCAAGGUCUUCCCGGUGUUCCAGGGCCUGCUGGCUUUUCUGGGCAAAAAGGAGAUAGGGGUGCUGUUGGUUUUACUGGUCCAAAAGGCGAGCAAGGGCCACCUGGUGAAGAGGGUACAACAGGAGAAAAGGGAGAUUUGGGUGAUGAGGGAGAGCCGGGUGAAAAAGGAUCGACAGGAAAGCUAGGAGAAACAGGAAAUAAAGGACCAGAGGGUGGGCGUGGCCAGCCUGGACCCCUGGGCCCACCUGGAGGACCUGGACCAAGAGGCAUGCAAGGAGACAGAGGAGCACCUGGAUUACCAGGGGGACAGGGACGACGAGGACGAGGACCCACAGAUGAGGCCAUCAAGCAUGUCUGCAUGAGGGUUUUGCAAACUCAUUUUGCUCAGAUGGCGGCCAGUCUGACGAGGCCCGAAUCGGGCAUCCCUGGGUUGACAGGUCCUCCGGGUCCUCCUGGACCUCCAGGGCCUGCUGGAAAUAAUGGCUUCCCUGGGCAUCCUGGGAACAGAGGACUGCCAGGUCUCAAAGGGCCACCAGGUCUUUUGGGCAGAAAAGGACCCAAAGGUGACCAAGGUGACAGGGGAGAUAGGGGUGUCACAUUGCAGGGACCCAAAGGUAUACCUGGACCACCAGGUCUCCCAGGUAACCCUGGUAGCCCGGCAUACGGUAGAGAUGGGCGUGAUGGCCUACGAGGACCGGUAGGUGUUCCUGGAAAUCCAGGCGUGCCUGGGCCACCUGGUCCUCCUGGACUCAACGGAUACUGCGAAUCAUCUCAAUGCAUCCUUCAAGAAGUUCGAGAACCACCAGCAUUAAAGGAGUCCAACAUGAAGGGACCAGACAGUCUAUGAGUGGACGACCAUCAGCGAGUUGAACAUCAGAGCCCAGCAUCUCUGGACAAGAAAAUAAAGAAAGACUAAAGGAGCGACUCCCUUCUGCAAGGAGGUUUCUGUGCUGACGGUACAUGCAAGAGUGAUAAUACUUGUCAAACACUAGAGCGAAGGCCAGAUCACUUCCUGUUACAGUUCCCAGUCAUUCAGCCAUGAAAAAAACGUUUUGACAUCAUUUUGUGAAGUAUUGAUAUCUCUGUUAAAAAUAAAAAUAAACCUAAAUAGUCCCAACAAUAGCAAUGUAAUUGAAGUUUGCGAAAAUACAUGCUCAGGUCUGGUAUGUUUUAAAUAGACUUUUACUGGACGUGUGUGUAAUUGUCUUUAAGCAUACAGUAACACGAAAUGUCACAUCCUGGUUGCUUUAAAAAUUGUAAUAAGGGUAAAGCUACGCUAACAGAAUUUUGUAAAUUUGUCAAUAUUGAACUCUUAAAGCGAUACUCCAGCCAAAUAUCAAAAUUACUCCAUGAUUUACUCACCCUCAAGCAAUUCGAGAUAAAUAUGUCCAUCAUCUUUCAGACGAAACACAUUUUGAAAUUAUUUUAGUGAAUGCCUUUGGUUUUUCAAGCUUAGCGGUAAAAAACAGGGAUCAGGGAACAACUUCAUCAUUCACAGAAGUAAUCCACAUGCCUCCAGGGGGUUAAUAAAGGUCUGUUGUAGGUAAUCGAUGCGAUUUUGUAAGAAAAUUAUCUAUACUUUAUUAACUAUAAUAACUAGCUUCCAGUAACGACGCCAUCUUGUCACUGCGCAACGUACCUAUGGCAACGGCAACGCACGCUCACUACGCUAAAACUCUCGUGAAUCGCGUGAGUCCAAGAUGGCGUCGUUACCGGAAGCUAGUUAUUAAAGUUUAUAAAGUUAGAAGUUGUCCGUUUUCUGCAAUCAUAAAGCUUUGAAGUGCAAGGACAUUUACUAAAAUAACUUCAAAUGUGCUCGUUUGAAGGAUUAAGAUAUGUGUCUUGGAUUGCUUGAGGCCUAGUAAAUCAUGAGGUAAUUUUGUUAUUUGUCUGGAGUAUCCCUUUAAGUAAUUUGCAGGCAUUUCUUUAUCAGCAUCUUUGGGUUGUUUCACUCCGAGAUGUCUUUGGGAAAACAUGUUUAGGAAAAAUAUGUAGCUUUCUAUAUUUAGUAUUUAUUAUAGAAAGGUUGGAUGUGGAGUUGUAAAAGAUGGAAAAUAAAAGAGUUUUGAUAAAUGCUCCAUCUUUUCCAUUUAAAAAAAACCUUCAUGACACGUGUGUUCCUUCAGUGUAUCUUUUAUUCAUUCUUGUACUCUCAAAUUGGUCAACUUGUUGCAACUUAUCUCUAUACUAAAACACAUAUCCAUUAAUAUAAAUAGGUGAUUUAACAAUACACAUAUUCAAAUACCGUACAUAAAUCAAGUAUUAAAAUAUUAAGUUACGCACAUCAAAUAAUAAUGCAUAAAAAUAUCGCAGACAUUGAGGUCCAGUUUUAAGCAAAAACACAAACAUCACACUAUUGACAUGGCAGUAAAUAGGUAAACAAAGUCUGGAUAAACAACAAAAACUAAUAACCUAACCACUAUACGUAUUGAUAUAAAGAGAUUUUAUUCUUUAAUUUUCAUCUCUCUUCCUGAUGUUUCUGCAAAAAAAAAAAAAAAAAACACACCAAGAACCUCUCCAAAUGCCAUUGACAACUCUUCCACUAGGCGGCGUCUUUCUGCUGUAAUAAGGCAUUUAUUUUAGAUCUAUUUGGAGGCAGGCGUUUUUAUACAUAUAGA